AUGAGUAUUUUAGUGAGAGUGGAAGGAGCAUCAAAGGAUUUAAGGAUUAUGUAUCCAGAGCCGGAAGAGAUUCAACUAAACUUCUGUACUUUAAUAGAUUUAGAAUUUACAAGUUUUUCAAACAAAGAAGAAGUUAUUGUUUAAUUUAAGCUUAAAGAAGUUGUUGCUCUUAAAAUUCAAACCUAAGAGGUUUUACUCUAAUUAGAUUCAAUAAGGAAGCGAUUUAUGCUUCAAUGUUUAGUAUAUCCUGGAGAACAUAUGGUUUGGGUAUCAAGCAUGAAUAAUUAUGUUGUGACAGAGAAAUCUUUAGAUCAUGUUUUAAUGGGUAAAAAGCCUUAAUUAGAAACAAUAACAGAAGAAGAUGAUGCAGUUAGUCCAAUUAAAAUCCAUGGUAAAGAAAAUAAACCAAUUGGAUAAAAAUAAUGUCAUUCUAAAAAAAUAUCUCCUGUAAAAACAAAAAGUCCAAAGAAAAAGGAUCAGUCUACAAGUACAAGUAAAUUAUGAAAUAUAGAAAGGACAAAAAAGAGUACACUUCGUUGGUCUUAAUACAUGGUUUAAACUCCGAAAUCUCCUUUAAAAGGAGACUAUGUUGAUGCCUUACUAGCUUAGUUGAUUUAAUAAAACAAUAGAAAAAGUAAAUCUAGAAAGAGAAGACCAUCCUCUUCAUAUCCAUUAAGACCUAAGAUCGAUAGUGAAGGAAUGAUUGAUAGAUAAUGGUUGGAAGAAGAAAUGAUAAACGAGGAUUUGUGA